AUGCUUCCAGCCACACAUCUUCACCGGCUUGCGAGACAUUUAAACCUGCAGUCAAGCCGAAACACAUGGGUUCUUCGGCGAGUAUUCCAACCAGAAGCUACACCUCCUGGUGGCAUUCAAAAAAACCCCAACGACUUCCAUGACUAUCAAAAGUACGAAGUUGUCGAAGUCGAAACACAGAAAUCGGCGGGCCCCAUCAAAGUUAUUUUACUCCAGGACGUGGAAGGAAUCGGCCAUCAGUUCGAUACAGUCAGCGUCGAUCGUACCCUGGCUCGUAAAGAUUUGCUGCUCUCCAAGAAGGCUGUCUACGCGUCGCCGUUCGAUUUGAAGUAUUAUGCUGAUAUGAAAACCCGAAUGGCUGAUGAGCUCGCAUCACGCGUCAGAAUCCCAUAUGAACUCAAAGUCGUCGGAAGAGAUUUACAAAAAAUGGUGGUGCCCAUCAAGGUUAAUAUGGAAAAUGAAUGGACGAUCGAUACGACAGUUGUCAAGAGUUCUCUUCGACAAAUGGGAGUUUUUGUCGCCGAAAACACUAUUUUCCUUGCUGCGAAACCAAUUUGCGGACCUAACUUUGAUAUCGAAGCCAAACUAUUCCGAUUCUACCUUGUCGUGAACCAGCAAUACAUUGUGCCAAUGUUGGGAAGAGUUACACAUAUUUCAGUAGACGAAUCCAAACAAAUGAUUUCACCUACACUGACAACACCACGUGACGAAGAACUGGCUCGAUACUCUAUCCGAAAAGAAUUCCCUCUGUACAGCAAAACCAAAGAUUUCACAGAAGAUUUUCCGGUCUUCGAGCACAUGAAAGAGCACGCUCCAACGACACCCCAAUAA